AUGGCUUCUGUUGCUGUUGGUACCACUCAGCAAGGCUCCGGCAAGCUCGAAGAUUUCGAAAUUAGAGGGGAAGCCCCAUUCUACGCGGAAGAACGUGAGGGAUGGAAAGGUUACAUCGAGUGGGAGAAAUACCCAGAGAAGAAGAAGCAAGCUGAAGAGAUCUUGGCCAAGUACAAUUUCCCUCCACCACCGGAAUUCCAGCUCAAGCCUCUGCCCGAGACCAACCCUGUUCUGGAAGGUGUGAGAUGGAAGCAAUACCACUAUGCUAUGGGAGAAACUCUCAAGGACCUUCCGGAUAUCAGAAGGGAAAAGAGCGAGGACAUGAUUCACGUCCUGCAGUUCCCCUACAACGGAGAACCUCCUAGGGUACUUUUUAUCUGUUUCAAUAACCUACGAACACGCACUAACCAUACCGGAAAAAUUACANNGGAUCGUCUAGUAGAAACCGAGAUUACUGACAACAAGGACCACUUCGUCCGCAACCACGGUGGCAUUCCCGAGAUCGACCCGGAGCAGUAUACUCUGGAUAUCGAGGGUUUAGUAAACGACCCCAAGAGACUCACACUUGCAGACCUGCAGAACGAGGAACUGUUCCCUCGCCAAAGCAAUGUCGUCAGUUUGCAAUGCUCUGGAACUCGUCGUAUUGAGCAGAUUCACGAAUACCCUGGUGAUGGUGAUGAAUUGAUCAACGCUCCAUGGGGUGAAGGUGCCAUUGGAACAGCACGCUGGACCGGUGUCAGUUUGAAGAAGGUCAUCAAGCACUGUGGUGGCCUCAAAGACGGCGGCGAAGGCGUGCACCUUGAGUUCUACGGUGCCGAUACCUACUUCAAGAAGGGCAAGGUCUACAACUACGUGGUCAGUGUGCCUUGGAGAAAGGUCAAGAUCAACGAGGUAUUGCUGGCAUGGGAGAUGAAUGGCGAGCCUUUGCCAAAGAUUCACGGAUUCCCUCUGCGUACCGUGGUGUUCGGGUACAUUGGUGCCAGAAGUUGCAAAUGGCUCUACAAGAUCAAGGCCAUCAGAGGCCCCAGUCUUGCCCCCGUCCAGGCAAAGGAGUAUCUCUACUACACACCCCAGGUCGGCAAGCAGAACGCCAUGUACAGCAACGGUUUCAGUAUUCAAGACAUGCCUGUCUCCUCAGCCAUCAUGUCUCCAGUCAACAUGGCGCAAAUCAUCCACGACGGUAAGAUCAAGAUGCGUGGCUGGGCCUAUUCCGGUGGUGGCCAUUGGCCCGUCCGUGUCGAAGUCUCUGGCGAUGGUGGCAGCGUCUGGUAUGAAGUCCCCUACGAGAACUUGAGUAAGAAGUACUACUACGCCUGGAGGCUCUGGGAGAUGGAUCUUCCUGUCGACGCUGAGGGUUGGUUGGAGUUGUGUGUCAGAACAUGGGACAACGCCAUGAACACCCAGCCUACUUAUGUGCGCUCGGCCUGGAACUGGGAUCUGCACGUUACCUCAAGUUGUCACCGUGUCAAGAUUUACAGCAUCAACAAGAGCAAGCCUCUUACAGCUGCUAGGCUCAAGGUUCUUGAAGAGAAGAAGGUUCCCAUCGUGCCCAUCACUCACCCUAUGGAGUUUGAUCUGCAGUCUGAGGAAGACUACUUAGAGGAGAUGAGAAAGCAAGGUGGCCGUGAACCCGAGGAGUAA